AUGUUUAUCACUGCUCCAAUUGCGAGCAUUUUUGUGACACUUGUUCUUUAUAUUUUACAAGGUGUUGUUCUUGGUAUAUCUACUUCAAUUCCAAUUUAUCUUACAUCUGCAGGUGCUACAUGGAGACAACAAAGUGUCUACAAUUGUGUUUAUUAUCCAUUUAGUUUAAAAUUGAUCUGGGCACCUGUACUCGAUGUUUUUUAUAUUCGACGUUUUGGAAGACGUCAAACAUGGUUAUUACCCAUACAAAUAGUACUUGGUAUUGUUCUAAUUAUUCUAUCAUUCUAUAUUGAUUCAUUUAUUAAUAAUCUAUCUAUUGUCUCACUAACAAUCAUCUUAUUCUUCAUUGUAUUUCUUACUGCUAGCCAAGAUGUAUGUGUAGAUGGCUGGGCUCUUACACUUUUUGCAACAUCAAACGUUGUUUGGCAAUCAACUUCACAAACAAUUGGACAAACUCUUGGACGUUUUCUUGGAUCAUCAUUUCUUCUUACGUUCGAAUCAGCUAAUUUUACCAAUCGUUAUAUUCGUACACCGUUAUCAUUUAAAAUACAGAAUACUGGACUUUUUACACUAGCUGAAUUUGUACGUUUCUGGGGCGUAUGUUUUCUUAUUGUUACUUGUAUUAUAGCUUUUCUAUUUCGUGAACGAACAUCAAAACAAAAUGAUGACAUAAAACGAUUGAAACUUAUUGCAACAUAUUUAUCUAUUAUCAAAUUAUUCAAGAAGAAAUGUAUGUUAGAAUUAACAUUUAUUCUUAUUAUUUCUCCUUUUGGUUAUGCAGCAACUUAUUAUAUGACUAAUAUUGCUUUGGUUAGUAAUGGUAUGUCACGUGAAACUCUUGGUCUUAUUACAAUGCCAUUGGUUUUAGUUAAAGUUAUUGUACCACUCAUACUUUCACAAACUCAUCGACCUUUAAUUUGGUUUGCUCGAUUAUAUUUACCUCGAUUAUUAAUUUGUGUAUUAAUUGGUAUUUAUAUUUAUUUUACUUCACAACUUGUUAAAUUUCCUUAUGUAUUCUAUCCAAUUUUGAUGGUUUUGUUUGUGAUAAACGAAACAAUUAUCUAUUUACAACUUGUUGCUCGAGUUGGUUUCUAUGCUCAAAUUAGUGAACUACGUAUUGGUGGAACAUAUAUGACAUUAGUAAGCACUCUUGGUAAUAUUGGUCAAACUGUAUCGUCUAGUGUCGUCCUUUUAGUAGCAAGUUGGCUACCGAAAAAACAUGCCUACUCAAUUGAAGUAGCUGGUUGUACUGUAAUCGGCAUUCUUUGGUUAUCAUUUACUUGGCACAUGAUGCGUCGAUUACAAGCACUUCCAAUUCAUAAAUGGUAUUCAGUAAAAGAAAAUGAGAGAAUAACAGAAAUGAACACUCAAGAACGUUCAGAAACAAUAUAA